ACAAAUUUGAAAAAGGUAUUUUCAAAUAAUGUCUCUAAAGAAAAUUAUUUUAAAGCCUGAAAAUAAAGAUAUUAUUGUCCGGAAUGAGUGGCUUAAUGAUGACCAUAUUGAUCAUUUUCAUGAACUUUUACAAAAUUGUUCCGACUAUAAACCUGUUGGAACAUGGCGAAUACAGCUUCCUCAUUUGAUACAACCUGUAUUACAAGAUGCAAAACACAUUCAAAUAUUGUACAGUUCGUCACAUUGGGUAUGUAGCUAUUACGAUAGAAAAAAUAUAUUUAUAUAUGAUUCCUUAAAUAAUAAAAUACUUCAUAAAGAUCAUGAACAAUUCUUGAAAAGAUUAUUUCCAACCUAUGAUUUUGAGAAAUGUUCAGUUAAAUUUCCGACUGUGCAACAACAACCAAAUGGUAAUGAUUGUGGUGUUUUUGCAAUAGCUUUUGCUAUUUCAUUAUUAUAUAACAUUAAACCUGAUAAAGUAAGAUAUGACCAUAGUCUAAUGCGUCCACAUUUAUUAAAAAUUUUGGAAUCUAAUGUGAUUGAGCAUUUUCCUCAGGAUUUAAAUUAUGUUCCUCAAAAAGUACUUCCAUUAGCAGUAAUAAGAGCAAGAGAAGCUAUAGCUAAUGCUCAACGUAUAAAAAGAUCUAAAAAAAAUACUUUGAAGAAUGAAUGUCAUGAUAUUGAUAAUAAUCAGGUUAAAAAACGUCAUAUAAACGAAUAUAAUUCUUUGAUAGAAGAUAAUCGUGGUAAAAAACAUUAUCUAGACAAUGAUUUGGAAAAUGUUUGUCUUGAAAAGCGGCUUCGAUAUCUACAAAACUUAGAACAAAAUCGGGCUAAGCAACUAAAUCAAUAUAGGACAGAUUUAUUGAAUAAUCAUUCAAAAAAGCGACGUCAAUAUGAAAAAAUUCAAGGUAAUCGUGGUAUAAAAUGUUAUACAGACAAUGAUUUGGAAAAUAUUCGUGCUAAAAAACGAAUUCGAUAUCAACAAAAUUUAGAACAAAAUCGGGCUAAGCAACGGGAUCAAUAUAAAAAAGAUUUACUGAAUAAUCGUGCUAAAAAGCGGCUUCGAUAUCAACAAAAUUUAAGACAAUAUCGGGCUAAGCAACUGGAUCGGUAUAAAAAAGAUUUACUGAAUAAUCGUGCUAAAAAGCGGCUUGGAUAUCAACAAAAUUUAAAACAAAAUCGGGCUAAGCAAUUGGAUCGGUAUAAAAAAGAUUUACUGAAUAAUCGUGCUAAAAAGCGACAUCAAUAUAUUAAAAAUUUACAAAAAAAUCGUUUGCGUAAAAGAAUACAUUAUUUUAUACAUUCACAACAUGAACGAGAUAGAUACAGAAAAUAUUCCGAUUGUAAAUGGUUGUAUAAUAAACAAUAUUACGAGAAAAAGAUAUUAAAAUUUAAUUCUGUAAAAAAAUAUGUUGGCCAAAAUAUUAUUAAAAAAUAUAGUAAGUUUUGGUCAAAAAAUUACAUACACAUGCGUAAUCCCGUGACAAUAACAGAUAUAAUGAAUAAACUGGAUAUUAAAAAUAAAAUUGAAAGACGAUUAGAAGCUGAAAGAAUUUUGCGUUCGUCUUUGUAUAUUAGAAAUAAUUAUAUUCACAAUAUGUAUAAAAUAUUAGCUGUAUUGAAGAAAAAAGCUGAAGUACACUUAACCCUCGUUACCGAGUGUUUAACAAUUGAUGAUAAAUUACAUGCGUUAUGUGGUAUAUCGGGUCAUACAGCUUCUUCUGAAAAUUAUUUUAUCGAUUCUACAUAUAGUGAACAAUUUAUUUCAUCGCAAUCUUUGAUAACAAACGUGAAAGGUCAAAUUAUAAAUAUAUUACCUUUGGUAGAAGCACAAGCUAAAAAAGCAUGGUUGUGCAAUACUUCGUGUAAAAUUAAUUCAUUUGUAAUCGAUCGUUAUAAACAAUUUCUUGAAGCAAUAAAUACAUGUACUUUAAAGAAAAUACCAGAACUAUUACGCAAGGUUUGUCAGAAAUGUACAGUAAAUGAUUUAACUGACAAAUUAGGUCAUACACAGGCUUGUUACAUUAAUCCAAACCUUUGUAAAGCAAUGUCUCUUUCUAUUCAAUUAUUAUCACCUCAUUUUCCAAAGGUGAGAUUUAUUAAACGUUUGAUUUAUCGAAUGAGAGCAGACUAUCAAAAGUUAAUAAAUCUAGAAAAGGCUUUAAAUUCUGGCGAUAUCGAUAUAUUAAAUGAACUUAUAACUGUGGCACAAAAUCGAGCAAAUAUGUACAAACAUCAUCAAAGUUUAACUGAUUUGAGUGAUGAUGAUAUUAUUUCUAAAUAUAGCAAAGCAUUUAAGGCGUUGACUAAACGUUCCAUAGACACACCUCGAUAUGUUUGUGUUUCAUGUGAGAGACUUUGUUAUAAGAGAAAUGUAUCUGAAAUUAGUAAGGUUAAAACACAAUUAGAUAUUCCAAUUUGGAGAGAUUUAAUGGCACAUAUAAAAAAUCAAAAUAUUAAUCCGCACUACAUAUGUCUUUAUUGCCAAAGAAAAUUCCGUAACGGAUUAAUGCCUGCUUAUUGUGUUUUAAAUAAUUAUGGAUUAAAGAUGCACCAAUUAUUGGUGUAUCUUCUGAAAAAGAAAUUUCUGAAUUUAUUCUACAACAUGUAACUUGUAGAAUGCCAGAUAA